AUGAACCAACCAACAAAAGAAAAAGAAAAGAAAAAAAACAGAACAAGCCAAAUCUCUCUCGAUUCAUUCUUGUCGAAGAACAUUUUAUAGUUUGAAACAAGGCAUGGGCGCAUGGCACAUCUUACCAAGGACUUGGAUAAAGACACAACAAUGAAACAUGAGGGUGAGUGUACUGUCAGACAAUUGCCAGACAAUGUAGAAAAUUUCCAACCGAUGGAUUAUGUUUCAUACAAACCGCAAAGAAUUGCUUGGAAGGGUGAGUGUACUGUCAGACAAUUGCCAGAACUGAGUCUUCAUUUGGCAGACAUGCAUCCUGAUUUCAUAUCAGAUGUGAUGAAACCGGUUCAGAUGGAGCAGUUGCUUGAUCGAAAAGUAGACUCACUCUCGUGUGGGGAGACGCAGAGAGUUGCCUUAACUAUCUGCCUUGGGAGGUUUGCGAGUGUCUACCUGAUCGAUGAGCCAGGUGCGUAUCUAGACUCAGAGCUGCGAAUCAACGCUGCAAUGGCCAUAAGGCGGUACGUUUUACGCAUGGAGAAAGCCGCAAUUGUUGUGGAGCAUGACUUAACAAUGGCGACCUAUAUGGCUGACCAAGUGAUUGUGGUUGAUAAGAUAUCACCAACCAUGUGUAUUACUAACCCUCCACUCCCACUUGUCAACGGGAUGAACAUAUUCUUAUCGCAUCUAGAUAUUACAUUCAGACGAGAUCGGAUGAGCUUUAACGUUACACCAAGGGUCAACAAGUUAGGGUCGAUCGAGGACACAAUGCAAAAGGCUGCAGGCAACUACUAUAUGACGUGUUAAAGAGAGGGAGUACCAAUUGUA